AUGUACUCUCGCCUGUCACUCAUAGCCAGACAUAUUUCCAGGCCUUUACCUAGCCUUUCGCAACGGACUCCGAUCGUAAAACCUCGUCUAAUCAAUUUCGUCAUGGCUUCGGCGGAUGAGCGCAACUCGCGUACCAUCCAUACGGCAGCCUGCCUCAUCAUUGGUGAUGAAGUGCUAGGCGGCAAGACCGUCGAUACCAAUUCCAACACAGUGGCAAAGUGGUGCUUCGAGCUGGGCAUCAAUUUGAAGAGGAUCGAGGUCAUAGAAGAUGACGAGUCUGAAAUUAUAGAGGCAGUGCGCCGGAUGAGCGACCGCUACGACUUUGUCGUGACGAGCGGCGGCAUAGGUCCGACGCACGACGACAUCACCUACCAAUCUAUAGCCAAGGCAUUUGGGCUCAAACUCAAGUUGCACAAUGAUGCAUAUGAGCGGAUGAAGAAGCUUUCAAGACCGCAUCCUUCGCAGCCCAAGUUCAACUGGGACGAAGACUCGCCAGCGAAGCGUGCCAAACUUAGAAUGGUAGAACUCCCGACGGACGAGAGCCGCGACAUGGAUAAACAAUUUUUAUUCCCCUGCGAGGAGCUUUGGGUUCCUGUAUGUGUCGUCAACGGCAACGUGCAUAUCCUUCCGGGAGUUCCCAAGCUCUUCGUCGCUCUUUUGGAUGGCCUGAAGCCCUACAUUGUCCCACGACUGGUCGAUCCGGAAGGAAAGGGGAUCUGUCGAGUUAUGAUCUCGACGCCCUUGGCCGAAAGCGCCAUGGCUGCGUACCUGACCGAGCUGGCGGCCAAGGUUGAACCGCAGGGUGUCAAGGUGGGCAGCUACCCGAGGUGGAACAAGAAGACGAAUACAGUGACCUUGGUUGGCAAAGACAAAGCAUUUAUUGAAAGUCUCAUCCCGGAGGUCACCAAGAACGUCCAAGGCCGGGUGAUCACUGUUGAGGGGGAGGACGACGACCCGAAAGACAAGGACGAGGCUGUCUCGCAGUAA